GGUGGCGCUGUGACGACCACCGUCACCGGUUGUUGACCAAUCAUCUCCGCCCAGCAGUUUGAACAAGAAACGGGCAGCGGAGUCAUCUCAUCCGGAUAAACAAUGACCGAGAUAUAAAUAUAUAAAGAUAGGGAAUAGAUAACGCGUUUCAUGGAAACGGGUUGAAACAGCUUAACGUUGAUUAAAUGAGUUUCAUUGAUCAGUGUUGAUCAGAUUGAAGUGGUGAUAGAACUAGCACAGUUAGCAGCUAUCUGACUGACGGGUGUUAACGUCUCCUCUGAGUCAGUACCGUUAGAUGCUUUGAACACUCCUUUGCUCGUUGAUAUAACUAUACGCUUUGGACUAUUAGCACGGUUAUAUCGGUAGUUUCAACUAUGAAGCCAUCAAAGCCGGUGUUUUUGAAGACGUACGUUCGGGAGAGGCGUAAAGUGUCCGCCUGGAUCUCACCGGACAACCGCAAGCAGGCCUUCGACCGCUCAACAGACGGAGACACCUCCGUCUAUGAACCCGCUAAGCCCCAGAGGAAGACCAGAGAGAAGAAGACUUGUGCUGUUGGUGGUAGAGCGGGGCGUGCUGCCAAGAAAAAGGCCAUGCUAAGUCUGGCUGAGAAGAACUAUGAUGAUGAGGAGGAUACAUCUUUUUUUUCUCCUCAGCCUGCCCUGCAAAGCAAGACAACCAGAGUGAGGAAGACUAGUGUAGCAGUCCGUCCUGCCAAGAGAAAAGCCAUGUCAUGUCUGACAGACUCCAGCAGCGAUGAGGAGAACAUCCGCCGGCCCUCUCCUCCCGGUCCUCAGCCCGCUCAGCAGAGCAAGACGACCAGUUUUCAUCUUCCUUCUGGGGGCCGCUUUGUAACCCGCCGCAGACGUGCUGCUGCCACCAAACCCAAACUCCCUAAAGCGACGUUCAGUACGCUCAACUCUUCAGAUGACUUUUCUUCUGGUACAAGUAGGAUUCUUCGGCCUGCUAGGAAGAGGGUCGUCCCAGCAUUUGUGUUGUCGAGCGCAGAGAACUCGGUGAACGCCGCAGGGACUGCCAGCUUUGCCACCAACUCCUUCCGAGAGAUAUCCCUCAAUGAGCUGAUAGAUCACAGCCUCGGACCCUGCUCCAGGAAACCCAUCUUCUGCUCUACACCCUCGGCAGGCUCCUUCAGCAAACGGCCACGCCUUAAACCCUCGUCUAUCAAUGAUCUAUCCUCCAGCCCUCCGUCCAUGUCGGAGAGUUGUAUAGGUGUCUUGAGCACAUUCCAAGAAGACAUGGAUUCACUGGGGAAGCCCGUCGCCGCGCAACGUUCUGCAACACCCAUUGAGCUUCAUUCUGAGGAGAAGCCGCAGUCGAGCCUCGGUGAGCAAGAACCAGACCUGCAUCGCCAUGAAGACCCUUCUGGUGAUUUGUUUGUGGAGCCCAAGAGAAGCAGCUGUAGCGAGGAAGCCAAAAGCCACAGUGAAGACGUAACCAGCGAGAAUGUUGGGGACGUACCAAGCGUGAAUCUGCUCUCUACAGAUGACAGUGAAAGCAGCAGUCGUUUUGUGUCAGCAGCAAGAGGGUUAGAGUGGCUGAUAGAGGCUCUGAAGGAGAAAUGUUUGACCGAGCACUGCACCGUGCAGCUGGAAAGAGUGAACAACCUCACUGUGUCUGAGCUAUGCAGUCAAACGACAUACUCAUCCUGUUUGGGACACUCAAGCUCAGCCCACAGCCGGCAAACAGAUGACCACCUUUCACAGUCUUCAGAAACAUCAUUUCAUCUUCAUUUAUCUGUGACGAACAUUAAAACCAGCGAUUAUUUACAGUCAGUAAAUAGUUUCGAGUCUUCCGAACAUGCAGCUUCAGUGACUGACAAUUCACCGUCAGCUGAACACACGCAGGAAUCCAUGGAGCAGUCAGCAUCGGUACUUUAUGUCGAAUCUACCCACCACAAAGACAGCAGCGUCAAGUUUAUCAUGGAGACGCUAUUACCAGGUAGCAGCUCUGUGCAAACACGGUUCGCUGUAGCAGUAGAGGACGAAUCUCUUACUAAGAAAUGCACCGUUCAGCUAAAGAAAAUGGCUUCACUGUCAGAUGCAAACAGUUCUGAAAAUGAGCAUACAUGUAACAUCGAGGACCCAGAAGAUCUCACAUGUUCAGGAGAAAUCACGGAGAGAAUGAUGGCGUCUGUCAGACAAUCAACAAACAAGAGCAGCCCGGUAGCUCAGACGGAAGAGAAGGCAGCGGUGCUCACAACGAUGCUGAAGGAGAAAUGUCUAACGGACAAAAGCAUUGUUAAGAUAGAGAGAGUGAGUUUAUCACAACUGAAAGAAAUUCUGCAGCACAGAGACGCAAAACUGAAAUCCCCCACAGAUGUUUCAGACUCGGCCAGUGAUGACCAGACACAGCACGGCCACCAGUCUGAGAGCGACACUAAUCACUGUAACGUUUCUGCCGUGAAAGUCGACAUGAAAAGGGGGAGAGGCUCAACCAGCUCUGAAGACAAGAUUGCUUCAGACAAAGAAGGAGUAAAGAACAACGUUCCCCACAAAGGAAAGAAGGCGUCUCUGGCUCCUAAAGAGAAGAAGAGGAGGAGCACGUCUACAGACCGGCCUGGGACGACCAGGAAGGCGUGCGUGAGCGGUCUGAGCGUGAGUCGCUGGAAAAACAAAAGCAGCGCCAACACACACAUGUUCAGGAGCAGAACUAAGGCUGUGGACUGCAGCAUCGACGAGCUGAUCUCCAAACAACACAAGCAGCCGAGGGAGUUGUUGGGAACCACCGUGAAUUUCUCCACCCCGGUGAGAGCGAGUCAGCUCAACCUCUCGUCUCUGUUGGCUGACUUCACACCGAACAUGCACACCUGGAGUCGGCUCAAAGCUGCCCUCUCUGUUCAUCGCAAGAACAGGGUGCUACUCACUCCGAGCGCUUCACGUCUGUCAGCGUCAGGCUCACCUGUCAGAUCGCAGUUAGCAGACAUCAGCCGGGACCUCUUUGCCACACCCUAUAGAACGCUGCUCCUGAAACGCCUCCCGUCACAGCUGCUGAGCCGCGAUUCUCCGUCACAGGUUGUGUGCAAGGAGGAGGCAGAUCUGUCGGAUGAAGAGAAGGUGUGUGCCGAGUGUGGCCAGCCGCGCCCUCUGCCCUGGGAGGAGUGUAUACUCCCUCAGCGUAUGAAACGGUGUGUGAAGAUCGGAGAAGGGACCUUCGGGGAGGUCUUCUCCACCACCAAUUCCUCAGGAGACACUGUUGCACUCAAAAUCAUUCCAGUAGAGGGCAGUGAGAAGGUGAACGGAGAGGACCAGAAGACCUUUGGAGAGAUUCUUCAUGAGAUUAUUAUCUCAAAGGAGCUGAGCAGCCUGAAAGAGAAGCAGCAGAACAAGACUCACGGGUUUAUUGGGCUCAACGAUCUCCACUGCGUUCAAGGCUGCUACCCUCCAGAUUUCCUGAAUGCUUGGGACACCUUCGACCAGCAGAAAAGCUCCGAGAACGACCGACCAGAAUUCUUUGAGAAGGAUCAGUUAUUCAUAAUCCUGGAGUUUGAGUUUGGAGGCGUCGACCUAGAGAACAGCAAUGGAACGCUGAUGUCUUUGGGGGUAGCGAAGGGCAUCCUUCAUCAGGUCACUGCUGCCUUGGCUGUUGCUGAGCAGGAGCUACACUUUGAACACAGGGACCUCCACUGGGGCAACGUGUUGGUCAAAACAACCAAGCAGAAGACGGGGAGCUUCCUCCUGAACGGAGCAGCCCACUCUCUGGAAACUAAAGGGGUGCUGGUCCGCAUCAUUGACUACUCUCUCUCCAGACUAGAAAUCGAUGAUCUGACGGUGUCCUGUGAUAUCUCGGAGGACGAGGAGCUUUUCAUGGGCCAGGGAGAUUACCAGUUUGAGAUCUACAGACUGAUGAGACAGGAGAAUGGGAACAACUGGAGCAACUACCACCCCCAUACCAACGUGCUGUGGCUCCGCUACCUGUGCUCCAAGCUGCUUUCCAUGAAGUACCGGGGCUCAGGAGGGAGGGGCGUCAAGGGCAUGCGAGAGGAGCUCACUCGUUUCUAUGACAACGUCCUCCAGUACAGCUCUGCCACCGAGGCGUUGCGAAACUGCCCCAUGUUUCAGUAGUAUGUGAGCACUGAACACAUGAAGUGUUUAUUUUAGUAUGAAGGAAGGUACAACGUGUCCGGUUCAUCUUUUAGUCCGCCUGAGCUCUGACGUGUAAAGACGGUUAUUGAACCACUUAAAGUACAGUGUUUUAUAGAACUGUCACUUGAUAAAGGUUAUUAAAACAACCAUUUGAAAAUGA